GCCAGUGGUGCUGCACGAUCCCGCAUGAUUUUCAGGUUCCCCCUGCGCUCCAGAUUGCUCAACAACUCAAUCACAAGACAACUUCAUUUGAUUUUAAUGCCUAAGUAUUUCAUGUUGCUACUAUACUUCGCAACUACUUAUUAGUUUUCCUCUUUUUUGCCAGUGAGUGGGUGAGAAGUGAGUCACUUACACUUUAUAUGUUCAGAUCCAUGUCCGGCAGUUCUAGAUUGUAAAAAAAAGUUUUUGCUAGUAUCUCUGCAUCUCGGUCAUCAUGAUGGCGGGCAAUAAAGAAGUUGUACUUGUAGCUGUAGGGCCGCAGCCAUGCCGUAGCGUUGGACGAAAACCAAAUGCAAAAGUACACCACAUUUUGGCCGCCAAGACAAGGUCAAGGAAGGAAGUAAGUCAGUAAUGUAAGUUGUAGUCCAAUACAACUAGAAACGGAAACCUCAAGUAGAACAUUAUUUAUCGCACUCCGAUUUUACUACCACCUUUGAGAAUUAUUUUUUGACGAGAUUACUUCCACGCACGCACCACGCUGCUAGGAGAUUUCCAUUUCUCCCACGAGAUGAACCUCCAUCAAUUUCAAUGGAAAAAAAAACGCACCUUUGGUCGUCCAGCACCACAUACGGUACUAGCAGCACUUCUCCGUCACCAGUAGAGGCACGACCCUCCACCGGGCAGCUUGGACUAGAUCCUCCAGCAGCAGCACUACAACGAACCGCAGCACCAUGGUGGUGAUCCCGGAUUUGCUCGGGCCGACCGCGGCUUUUCUGGCGGCCCAGGUGGGGUGGGAGGGGUUGAAGGAUGUGUUUCAGUACAAUCGCUCGCUGUACCAGUUCGACGCCAGUAUGGCCCAGGCCACGCAAAACCAGCGGUUUUUUGCGCGCAAGGAGUGGAUCUGGCUGUACCGGGAAGACAUCGCGAAUCUCGUGGGGCUAUCAAAUGUAAAAAUGUCUGGGUCUGGAAGAAUGCAACUCGUGAUGCUGCGUUUCGAUGUCCAAAAAAUUUGUGUUGCAUGAGCAGCAAAAGGAAUCUAAUUUUUGCUACGCGGAGAGGGCAUUUGUCAUGCGGAAUGGGCAUCAAGAAUCCCUCAAAAAACCUGUUGUGCUAGGGCAUGCAUUACAGGCGUCAUGGGUCAUGAGAAAUAUGCAUGACAAAUGUUGCAUUCUUCCAGACCCAGACAUUUUUGCAUUUGAUAGGGGCUGACCACCCAGAAGAUGUCGCUCUAUGGAAGCGUCAGGAUCGAAAUCGUCAAAGUUGAAAUAGUUUGUGACGCAUAAAAUGCAACGCAGAAAUUGCCUCUAUUGCAGAGGACGCAAGAAGGGAGGCAGAUUGUAAGCCUGUAGCUGCGGGGUAGAAAGUAGAGAGCUGCUAUAGUAGCAUGACAAAAGGCGUCUUUCUUACCCAAGCCGCAUUACAAGCUGGAUUUCGGCUCUACCCAAAUUUGUCAUGCGCCACUUGAAAACUAGGCGCCAACUGGUAUCCGUUUUAUGCAUGACAAACUAUUUCAACUUUGGCGAUUUCGAUCCUGGCACUCCCAUACGCUCUACACCCUGUUCAUUACCAUCCAGCUGGCGUUCGUUGGCGGCAUGUUUGUGGAUUCCUCCAUUAUCAAGGGAAAAAACUGUUUCACUGUGAUGGCUUUGCAAGAUCUGCAUCACAAGUUUGUUACACAUGACACAGAAAAUUUGCCAUGCGCGCUUCCAAAGGGAAAACACGCCUAAAAAUCCAAUGUCUUGCAGGUGUAGCAAGACAAAUCGUUCUGUGCUCCAUUCUAUGCAUCACAAGUUCACAGUGAAGCAGUUUUUUCUUGCGAUAUCCAUGUUAAAAGCGGUAGUGGUGAUCUGGCAGGGGCCGAACAAACCGAUUCUGGAUUUGCAGCUUCGGUAUGCCUUGGAAAUAUGCUGUCUGGGAGGUGGUGGUCCUCAGAAUGAUGAAAUUUGUGUUGCUGUUGAUACUCGCAUCAUGAUGAUCUGCUCAGAGUACUAGCCGCUUGACGCUUGUACUGCAUAACAAACCUCCUGCAGAAGAACUUUAUUUGCGAAGUUUGUUCGUGAUGUUGUUUGAUUUUUUUAUGCAGAUGUUGUCGAGUCAAUGUCAAUGUCACGCUCAAGAUGACCUCCAUUCGCACGUGGCAAUGGCCUUUUGGCUUCCAGUACGACAAAAAGCACCAGGCCGAGACUCGUAUUCUUGCGUCGCAGAUGAUCUUGAAAUGAUCUUGCGUCAGAAAUGAUCUUCUUGCAGACAACCGCCGCCCAGCUGACAGCAGAUUUGCAAUGCAUAAUCGAACAGACACGACGAUUCCGCUUUUUCCGACCUCGCUGAUUUUUCCCUUCGCGUUGUCCCUCACAUCGGCGAUUCUAUUUUCCCUUCUCGCCCUCUAUUUCGCGAUCUUCGCAACAGUGGUCGCGAACACGUGUGGCACGACGUUGUCCCUCCAAAGUCGCAUUCUCCGGGACAUCCCCACCGGAAGCGAAAUUGACGCGGCGCGACGGAAUUUACAAGAUUUCGAGCAGCGGGCGCUGGCCGCGCCACAGACCAGCGGAGACCAGGAAGGCGGGAAGCAGGCGCCCGCGACUUUGUUCCGACUGCCGUUCAGCGAUCGGUUUCUGCGCGGGUUUCCGCAAGUGCAGAGCCUCUUUGGCCGGCAUAUGGCGUUCUCAAACGUUACAUUCUCAACUGUUGCAUGCAUUUGUCAUGCAAAAAUACCAUAAACAACCACACGGCCGAGCGGCUUGGCAUGACAAAGCUUCGAAGGGCUAAACAGCAUCUGAAACUGUGUCAAAUCUGUAAUGCAAAAGUUGGAAGAUCCUGCCUUUCACUUUCGCUGUUCUUGCAUUACAAAUUCAUGUAACAGUUGAGAAUGUAACAGUUGAGAGUCCCAUACGGCAGAAGCGGGCGUUCUACCUGCAGGCGGACCCUUUGGAGCACUACUACCUAAACGAGUACCUGGAAGAGCAGGCGCGUAAGCAAGUGCUGGAAGACCGAGCGGCCGGUCGUGGAGAGGUCGAUGACGGAACCGGCAGGAUAUUCGAUUCAGCGAACAACAGGAUUGAUGCGAAAAAUGCACCUACUACAACUGUAAAAGACAGAGCACCAGCACGCGGAGAAGGGGAGAUGAGAACCACGUCAGAUGUUGAUGUUGAGGGAACAACUACACUGGAACAACAACACGACAACGAAAAAGAAGCAAGACCACCAGCAGGACCAUCUUCGCAUGUCGCCGCCGCCCUUCCCCGCCGGCGCCCCGAGGGCGAAGUUGUGCGACUCGCGGGCCGGGAUCGGUACCACCUAAAUGACCCCUCGCAUGUAUGACUUGCUCAAGCGUUACAAUCUCAAACGUUACGAAUAAAAUCUGGAAUUUGUGUUGCAUGAUGAGCAUGACAGACUCGCAUAGCGUUCCACCUUUUGCAAUACGAAUUUCGCCUGAUUGUAGUGGUGUUUCGGGCUCCGGAACUUGUCAUGCGCAAGCCUAUGAGAGUUGGUCAGAUCAUGUACUCUUGCAUCACAGAUUGCCAUAUUCUAUUGCAACGUUUGAGAUUGUAACACCUGAGCUGGUUAUAGCAUGCCAUGACGGGCGCCGAAAUCCUGCGGAGGACGAGGGUCGACGAGGAGGAGAACCUCGCGCAGGGCAGGACGCAGGUGUACCUGAGACCCAUUGACUUUGACUUGGCACAGCAGCGGGACGAUGAGGCAGUUGAUGCCGGUAGUUUUUUCCCAGGAAGAACACUGCCCGGACGAGGGCGAGUAGGUGGUGAAAAACAGCACGAGAUGAGGACCCCAGAGGAGAAUUAUGCGGAGGAAAAUCGAGAAGAUCAGGAUCAUGGAAAAGAUAAACAACCCAACAUCAUCAAUGGAGGACCAUCAGGGGCAGGUGGCAACACCGCGGCCGGCGGGUCGUCCGCGGCAACUCCAACUGAUGAGUUCCUGAUCCGCGUUUCGCAUCUGGAUCAGUACCGCGGGCUGCAAAGGCACUGGCAAGUGUACGACAGUUACUGCCGAAUUACUAUCCUGUGCAAAAGUAUGGUACUCGUACUAAUUGCGUUUAUCAUGCAUUACAAAUCUCUUUUGCAAGGUAAAUCAGCAUUACAAAUUUCAUUUGUAAUGCUGGGCUAAUUUGUGAUGCAAUUUGUACUACUAGUACGAUGCUUUUGCAUUGCAUAAUUACCAUGCUCCUGUCGACCGUCGCGACCCUGUAUCAAAAGGAAAAAUCCUCCCUCCCCAUAUCGAAACGAAGUUUCUGAUGCAGUAUUUUCAUAUACAAAUCAGAUUUGUCUUGCAGUAGAGGACUGCAGGCAUAUGUCAAGCCUCAGUCGAGAGGUUUUGACGUAGGCGCCUAGCAUGGCAAACGCGUAUGCUCUUAGCCCAACAGCAUCACAAACCGCCUGCAAAAUACGGAACGCUUUCUGGACUUGCCGUCUUGCAAGACAGACAGGAUUUGAGGUUACAAAUGCGCAUCACAAAUUUUCAGACGGAUACGCUUUCGAUAUUGGGAGGGGGAAUUUUUCCUUACGAUGCCCUGCAGUCUCUGACCCUGUGGGUGCUCGGGUUCGCGAUCCAGAAGUCUCCGUGGCUGUGCCUCGCCGUGAGUUUCGUCUUCAUGCUAUCAAAAGGAAAAAUCCCCCCUCCCCCUACCAAAACGAAAUUUCUGAUACUGGAUUUGCGUACACGAAUCGCACUUGUCUUGCAGUAGAGGACGGCAGACAUAUGCUAAGCCUGAGCCGAGAGGUUUUGCCAUAGGUUGCACCCAGCAUGACAAAAGUCAACGCUGUAGGACCAGCAGCAUCACAAACCGCAGGCAUAGUGCGGCGGUUGUCUGUGGAUUAGCCAUCUUGCAAGACAGAGAUGAUUUGUGGUCACAAAUCAGCAUGGCAAAUUUUCUGAGGCGUCCCUUAUUUUCGAUGUGGGGAGGGGGGAUUUUUCCCUACAAUACAUGCUCGCGGCCGGGGUCAUUACGAAGUUGGAUUUGUCGGCCCCGCGGGGAUAUCAAAUGUAAAAAUGUCUGGGUCUGGAACAAAGCAACUUGUCAUGCUAAUUCUGAAUGCAUGUAAAAAUCUGUGUUGCAUGAUUACCAAAAGCUGUCCACUUUUGACCUCAUCCCGAGGCAGUUUCUCAUGCAGGAUAGGCAUGAUAGAACUCUCACAGAAUCUGUCAUGCUAUGUCCUUCAUGCCAGACCUCAUGGGUCAUGGAAAACGUGCAUGACAAGGCCCGCACUCUUCCAGACCCAGACACUUUUACAUUUGAUAGGGGGUGGCACCUGCUGCUGGACCUGGCCGUCUGGGGCCAGAUUUUGGCCACGGGGCUCGGAUCUUUCUUCGAAUCCCGGGUCUUUAUGGACAGCAACGGGCUGGCCAGAACGAUGCCCGAGACGCAGGGGCUCCUUCGGGACGCGGAUAGCGUGUUUCUUUCCGAAGACGCAUACGCGCAGCAAUCGCAGGAGAUCUUCCUGUAUCAAAUGUAAGAAAAAAGCUCGUCCUCGCAGUGGUCACUUGUUCGCGUCAUGUUGCGCCGCACAUUUGCAAUACAUCAAAGCUGUCUACUGUCAUGCAAGAAAUGCACCACGAGAUCGAGAAGCAAAGUUGAUGUACAUGUAGUUCAUGUGCAAUUUUUUACUUUCGUUGUAAGUAGUACUACUUGUACUUAUCUAUGAAAGUGACGAGUAGAAUUAGAAAAAGCUGUGAUGACAUAGAAAUUUGCUCAUGCAAGCCUGACCUGCAAAAUAGUGUGUAACUGUGCCGAGCUUUAAUACUUUUCUGUUCAUAUCCUGGAGCUGUUCUGGGCUUUGAGCUGGGAGAGACGCAACUGGAUCUUGUUUGGGAAAGUAACCGCGCAGGGCUUUUUCUUCCUCGUUUUCUUUCUCCUCACCCAGCCUCCCGUGAACCCCUUGGCAAAGAAGCACUUAGAACGCGAUGAACAGGGCCGGCCGCUACGCAUGGUGCGCAGUGAGCUGCUGCUGCCCACCCGGGUCCGGUCGGUGGCGUUUCUGGACGUGCUGGCGUGGAAGCCCGCGAGACAAAUUUUGAAGCACGCCGAGUUGCACGAGGAGAUUCCAAAGGGGGUGGGAAAGAACAAAAACUUCUACCAGGAAAACAUAAACAAGGCGCAGCUAAUGAAAAAUCAAGACCCGGCUUCUGAUGAAGACGCGGCCGACACGUCGUCCACUAGUGCGGGCGAUGAAAGUGUAGCAGGAACAAGGGGUCGCUGUCGGAACAACAGGAAGAACUCCACCACGCGGCCCUCAGCAAACACAAGCAGUAGCAGCUGCGACGAGGAUCAUUUAUUCGACAUUCAAGACGUCGACCCCCAACCGGACCGCUUGCUUCAGGAUCCACUGCCACUAGCACAAGAACAUCAACAGCGCAAGAUGUUGAACAGGAACUAUCCCCAAGGACUACAACAAGAUGAGCUAGAACGGAGGCAGCAAGUACAAGUAGGGGCAACAGGCCACGCCACAGGGAAGACCGACGGCGCGGACGACGCAGCGACAGUGAGCGCCGCUGUUCAUAUUUCGGAGGAGGAGAUGUACAUGAUAGGCUUGAUCCAUUCCGUCUUGCAGCGGGCGGAGGAAGAGGCGGGGUACUUACUGCGGCUUUACUACCACGAGGACGAGGGCUAUCACAGUAGUUCCACUGCUGGUAAUGUUGAGAGGAAGAACCUACAGGAAAACAACAAGGACGACAUCGUCCAGCACGGGUGGUCUUUGUUUUCAACUGCAUCAGAAGAUUCUUAUUCCAAAAAGUACACGCAUGUGAAGCUCUUUCUAGACUUGCAGAGACGCGCCGGAACCGUUCGCAAGGCCAUGCUGCAAAACCGGGAACUUGCAAAACAACAAGAAGAGCUUUCGCUGCGAGAAGGUGGACAAGCUGCACUGGUUGGAGGUUCCAGGAGCGCUGCUGCUGCCCGAAUGAAGCAUGGUGGCAGAGAUGGACUCGAACAGGAAGAGGCGGUCAACGGCAGGAGUGCAGUCCUAUCGAAUAGUAAAUCGAUGAGCAAGAGCAAGAAACUGCCGAAGCUGUGGAAGUAUGACCGGCGAAAGUUUUUGAACAAGAAAAAAUUUACCAAAUGCAAAUAUGUCUGGGUCUGGAAACUUGUGAUGCUAAAAUGUAGAGGAUGGAAACAGUUCCGAAAAAUGCAACCUAGCAUGACACCUUUCCAGAACGCUUCCUCGUAGGCAAUCCGCGUGAGAAGCUCCUGCGUGGUUGCAUGUACAAAAGAGGCUGCGACAGUUGUAGGUUUAUGCAAUACAGAUUUCCUAGGUAUGGAAAGCUAGCAUUAUAAGUUCCACCCUUCCAGACCCUGACAUAUUUGCAAUGCAUGAAAUUCCGCGAAAAACACUUCCUGGACCCGGCGACGGGCACGUACUGCCUGAAGUACGAGAAUAUUUCCCAGCCGAACAACGAGGAUUUGUACCUGUACGAGGGAGACAAGGCACUGAACGAAAGCCAGAUUUUGUACGAGGCCGAGGUUUAUCAACCGCAAAUAUGUUCUCUGAGCCUGGAAAAACUUGUGAUGCCAAAGUGUGGAUGAUGGAGACACUUCCGAACGCAGCCAAGCAUGACAACUUUGCAGAAUCAUGCUUUCUCAUGCACAGCCCGCAUGAGAACAAACUACUGCGUCUCUGUAUGACAGAAGAGGACGGCGCGACUUUUGCUGGUCACGCAACACAGAUUGCUCAGAUGAAUUGCUAUUGCAAGACCAGCAAUACAAGUUUGAACUUUCGAGAUCCGCCAGACUCAGACAUGUUUGCAAUGCAUAAGGUUUUCACCUGCUUGCACCAGCUUGAGCAGGACGUUUUGGAAGCCGAGAAGUUUGUGGAACAGAACUUCGAUCUUUUCGAUAUGGAGGUGUUCUCAAAUGUUACAUUCUCAUUACAUGAGUUUGUCAUGCAAGACUGGCAAGAGUGAAAGGAGAAAGAUUGCGCCUUUUGCAUUACAAGACUGGCGCAAAUUUAGAUGCUGUUUAGCCCUUCCGGAAUUUGUCAUGCGGAGCAGCUUGAUCAUCUGCCAGCUUAAGGUGCUUUUGCAUGACAAAUUUAUGUAACAGUUGAGAAUGUAACGUUUGAGAGUCCCAUACUCGACCCGAUGCUGCAACUCGCCUCGAUCGACAGCACCGCGGGGGGCGGGGCGACGACCGCGUCGUGGUCCUCAGCGACGGGCACUAGCAGGGCCAGCACGACUGGAUCGUCCGUAGAACGUCGCGCUGGCGGCGGCAUGAGAUUGAGAACGAGGUGGAGGUCGAGCAGUGCAAGUGAUGACGAUGUUGAGAUGGAGCUAGGCGGGAUGACAGGAAGAACUCCUGGUCCUGGUCGUGUAGAAGUUGAUAGGCGGUCGUCGUCGGCCCCCAACACGACCGCUCCGGGACAAAGAAAGCCGCGCCGGCGGUCUAGUGUGCUCACUGCAGUAGAAACACCGUCUUCACCAAAUGCCACUACAGAUAGUACAAAUCGCGAAGGACGACAGGACGACAAUAAUCCACUCGCUUCGCAGAGAAGGAACGACAAUGUUGAAGAUGCUGAUGCCCACCUCCAGCAGGAACUGCCGGAGGAACUGAGCAUUGCGGACGAAGAUGAUAGUUCAUCCUUCUACGGCCAUCAGCGCCCCAAUACCGGCAACAACUUUCGCGAACCGAACUUGUCCACCGCCUCAACCUACUUUGAUUCCUCGCGCGACAGCGAUUUGAGCAGUGCUUUUCUCCAUCCCACCACCAACGGCCGUGGUUCACCCGCUUCCGCGCGGGUGAAAACGAAAAACCAGAAGCAAGAACUGAACAUCGGACGCGAAAUUUUGGAGCUUUCCAGCACGCGGAAAAGAGUGCACUUUGAGGCGUCCACCGACCAGAUGCUAUUGCCGCAUAAGCUGUACAACGCGAGUGGAUGUCUGGUGAUUUUUCUGUAUUUCGCUAUGACGGUCGUUUGCGUGUUCCAGCACUUCUUUAAAAACUGGGACCAAAGACUCUUGUCUAUCGGGAAAAAUAUGGGCAGCGGGGAACUGGUGGAAGACAGUGCGGCGUUUCGGUCGGUUCUGGAGGGAACCUCUUUAUUUCCAACUUCGAAUGAAAAUCUUCUACUCGGCCGCGCCAACGAUGAAAAUCUUGCCGGCGCUGCGGCUAGCUCCUUCCUUCCGCUGCAACAGGAGAACGCUGCGGCGGGAGCAGGAGCGCUCCACUCAGGUUCUUCUCUGUUCUUCCGCCGCAGGACAACUUCUACGGAAGAGCCUGGUCCUCAGGCCACGGAUGGCAACCAAGAAGCUUCGUCUUCUAUGGUUGGCCUUACUUCUUCAUCUUCAUGGAUGGAAACCUAUUUUUCUCAGCAAGAAGCAGGAGAACAAGGUCGUGAACAAGAAAAAAGCCAUUUUUCCUCCCGGGAAGUGCAAAUCAGCUUUGCGGGAGGGGAAGACGUGGACGAACACGAGUUACUGAUGGAUGAAGUCAUGUCCUCCACCAGCUCAUCUAGCAGGGUUCGUAGCAACAGAAUAAACACAGCAAGCGCAAGCGUGUCACAGGCGGAAGUCUGGGGGCACCAGGAGCUGCAGCGACGUGAACAGAACCGCCACUCGAACUCUUUUCUCGCAGCGGUAGGAACAACAACUUCUACUACAGCUGAUAUUAACAGUACAAUGGAGCAGGAGCAGCGCGAUACAAGCCCUGGUGUGUUAUCUACUUCGUCUUCGACUCCCGAGGAAAUAAGGAAAAGAACAUCACCAAGCUCAACGGCACUGGAAGUUGCAGAAGUCAUGCAUCAACGACAAGGGAACUACUACUACAAAGGGUUGACACCAUCACUGGCAAGAAGUGAAGGAGCUACUUCCGAAUCCACCACCGAUCUGAUUUUCGACGCGGUUAGCAGCCUAGCUCCGUUCUUGCAACACGUCAGCUGCCGCCCGGAAUGCAGUAGUAGUGCGUCGAAAAAGAUGAAACCCUAUCAAGUCGUAACCGCCUUCGCGUCGCGGUGGCAGGUUUAUUUCCUGGUGCGGCGUGAACAUCUUCAUGGGCAAGAACAAGAAGAAGAACUACAUCAACCGGAAGUAGGCGACAAUGAAUUGCGCUCCGACCACCACCACCUCUCCCUCGAGACCCCCGCCGCCUGCUCGUUCGCCGAAGCGAUCAACGGUCUCCUGUUGGAAAAGCAGUGCAAUUCUGUCCUGGUCUUGUUUGGGGAUGGAAAGAUCAAGCGGUGCAGGUUGACGGAACAUCAAGUGAAGAAAGUAGGGGGAGAUAAUUUUCACUUCGUUAUCCUGAGCAAAAACCUGCCCACCCCAGAGUCAAGAUGGGAAUCUCGCAACACAAAUCAAGAAGCUUUGGGAGUCAAGCAUGACAAGUUCGUCUCUGUAUUGUAGUGCGGUUUAGCAAGUACAGCCGCUGUCGCAACAGAAAUCCAUCAUACUGUUUACAGCAUUACAAAGCCCAAAACACGACUGGAAAGGCUUUUCAUGGGGAUGCGCAUGACACAUCCUCCUGUGACUGCAAAUCUGCAUGACAGCUACGGGGUGGGGACGUUUUUACUCAGGAUACUCGCGGCCAAUCAGACGACCGUGUUCAACGGCAACUUCUUUGCCAACAGCCAGGGCGCGACCGAUAACGAAGACGCCGGGCAACCGCGGACGCUGUAUGACCUGCUCAAACGUUACAAUCUCAAGCGUUACAAUAGAAUCUGGGACUUGUCUUGCAUGAUCAUGAGCAUGGCAGACUCGCAGAGCGUUCCACUUUCUGCAAUACAAAUUUCGCCAGAUUAUAGUGCGGCUUGGAGCUCCAGCUCCGAAACUUGUCAUGCGCAAUCCUGUGGGAAGAGGCUGGAUCAUGCACUCUUGCAUCACAGACACAGUAGAUUUCCAUAUUUUAUCGUAACGUUUGAGAUUGUAACACCUGAGCGGGUUAUACGCUGCUGCAGGGAAUUUUUGCCGCGCCGUACAGCAUGACUAAUCCGGCUGGUGCAGACGCUGGAGAUCUUGCUUCCACAUCGUCCACCGCAGCAUCGCAAAUUCCUCAAAAAAUAGCUGAUGAAAUUCUUCUCGGAAUCGAUUCCAUCAGCAGUCAAAGCGAAAUCCAGAACGCUUUUUUGAAAAUGCGGUACCACAGGAUAAUGCCGAAGAAUAAUAAAGCAACGUCGACCAAAAAUCGCGAUGCAGCGAAUACAACACCAAUACCAAAUCCUGACCCGCAUGACAAACUCCGGCCUGUGAGUCUGUUUCUCCACCCGCAACUGGAGUACGACCCGAAAAACCUACCACUGCGCGGCACGCGCCUGUUUUUGUCGAGACAAGUGAGUAACGUCACGACGGCGGGGGGUCCGGGUGUCGCUGUGGCUAGCUCGAAUGAUCCGGACAUCAAUCAACAAGGACCUUCUAGUAGCACAUCAACGUCGCACCUGCAAAGAAGUGCUACCACUAGAACCCGCCUGCAAUUUCUCAUUGCCGACCAUGCCGGGCUAUGCACUGCAAAAGCAUCGUACUAGUAUACAUUGCAUUACAAAUUAGCUCAGCAUGAAAAAUCAAAUUUGUCAUGCUAAAUUACCUAAGAAACCGACUGCCACGCACAAAUUAAGCCUUUAAGUUGUCGCUGUGCCCCAGGUGGGUUGCCAGUCAGCAGCGCCAAACAACUGGUCUAUGGUUUGACAACUGUGGUCCGUGCACUUGCUCUGUUCGCCCGUGCCGCAGGUAAGGCACAAACGGUCCAGCCUCCCCUGUCUGGGCGGGGCUGCGGCUUAGGGGAGAGUCUCGCCCCUUAACCCAAAGGGGUACGUCGUCUCUUCCGUGAGAACAAAAACGCAUGGCGUAAAAUGGGUCGGGUCCUGGAUCGUUCUGUAUGUUGGGCUGUCGCGCUCGGCUAGCUGGCCGGGCUGUACUGAUCAGGUGUGGUGGGUAGCUCCCGACUGGUUGGCACUUUUCUUGGGGCGACUUGCCGUGGUAGCGCUCGGCUUUUGUAUGAUGAGGUUGCCGAAAGCGCUUCCUCGCCCACCCCCCGGGGAGGGGAUCCUUGACCUGUGGCGCUGGGAGAGGGUGUCCACUACAUGAUGAUGAUGAUGAUGCUAGUCUGGCAUUUAUACGAGUGCGAUACUUUUGCACAGUAUACGGGCGGGCGUUUGUGUUCGAGGAACCAGAAGAGAAACAACUAUCGACGAGCACGAAAGUGAUGGGACUCAAUUUGCUGAUAUGCAAUACAAAUUUCCCGUACAUGUACAAGAUGCAUACACAAAUUUCCCCAAUUUGGAGCAUAAUACAACUUGUCAUGCUAAACUAGGAUUGAAGCCAAGUUUUGUCAUGCGAAGACGGCAUUUGUACGGGUACGGGAAUAAAUUUACUGUGGAUAGCUGAACGUGAAAAUGGCACCGGGGUGGAAGUCCGUGUGUAGCUUGACGGGGGACAAGGCGCUGGCGCUAGUGCAAAACGACAUGAAUAACACCCUGCAAGUUUUGGAUUGGGAAAAGGAUAUUUUGUAGGAUUUAUUGGUUUCCGUUUCGAUGAAACGAUGUCGAUGAGCGACAAGGACAAGAAGCACAAGAGUAGUUGUGUUACUGAUUCUGUGUAAGAUGCUCUACCUCUAUCUUCAUAGUUUGACUUCAAUUUUUUAUCAAAACAAAAACCACCCACACUACAGUGUCAUCUUCAUCGAAAAGUAGUCUGAAUUAAAACAAAAAGCUAUUGAACCAGUUUAAGUUUCGGUUUCCGAGUGUAUUAUGAGCUCGUCUUGUGAUGUCAAGUCAAGCAUGAAACGAUGUGUACAAUGCACCUGGCGAAUCAUCGCAUCCGCACAAUUUCAAUCCCACUGACAGCGACCGAUCUAUCUUAAUCUAUCUGCGUC